AAAGAAAAAGAAAAGAAAAAUCGGUAAUAAUCCAACAAAACACACUUUCCCUUUUACAUCUCCCCUCGCAACCCCAAACACGCCCUCGCCCACGCCCUCGCCGUGACCAUGACCCCAACAGCCCAAGCAGCUGAUCAGCCAACAUGGCCUCAACUCCUUGGCAGCAAUAACUGGGAAGGCCUUCUAGACCCCCUCGACCUCUCCCUCCGCAAACUCAUCCUCCGCUGCGGCGACCUCUGCCAAGCCACCUACGACGCCUUCAACAACGACCAGAACUCCAAGUACUGUGGCUCCAGCCGCUAUGGAAAGGCCUCCUUCUUCCACAAAGUCAUGUUCGACGCCGCCUCCGACUAUCAAGUCGUCUACUUCCUUUACGCCACUGCCAAAGUCAGCCAGCCCGAAGCCUUUCUUCUCCACUCGCAGUCCCGCGAGUCCUGGGACCGUGAGUCCAACUGGAUUGGCUACAUCGCUGUGACCAACGACCAGAUCAGCACCGCCCUGGGCCGACGUGAAAUACAUGUCGUCUGGCGUGGGACGACAAGGAACUACGAGUGGGUUAAUGUUUUAGGCGCUGAUCUCGAGUCUGCCAAGCCAUUGAUUCGUCCAAAUGCGCGUGCUGAAUCUGGUGAUGACGGGAGUAGCAGUAGUGAUAGCGAUGGUGAUAAUGAAAAGAUGCCAAAAGUCAUGAGGGGUUGGCUUACUAUUUACAUCUCAGACGACCCCAAGUCACCCUUCACAAAAGCAAGUGCCAGAACACAGCUUUUAACCAAGAUAAAGGAGUUGACACAGCAAUACAAAGAUGAAAAGGUAAGCAUGACAUUAACGGGGCACAGCCUUGGCGCAAGCUUAGCGGUCUUGAGCGCUUUCGAUUUGGUAGAGAAUGGUGUUUCCGAUAUUCCGGUUUCAGCUAUUGUUUUUGGGUGCCCACAAGUUGGGAAUAAAGCAUUCAACGAGAGGUUCAACAGGUAUACAAAUCUGAAGGUUUUGCAUGUGAAGAACACCAUUGAUCUAAUCCCGCACUAUCCAGGGCGGUUGUUGGGGUACGUGGACACGGGGAUUGAGCUGGUGAUAGAUACAAGGAAGUCGCCGAGCUUGAAGGACUCGAAGAAUCCGAGUGACUGGCAUAAUUUGCAGGCCAUGUUGCAUGUGGUUGCUGGGUGGAACGGGGAGAAGGGGGAUUUUGAGGUGAAGGUGAAGCGGAGCUUGGCUUUGGUGAACAAAUCCUCAGAGUGUCUCAAGGAUGAGUACUUGAUACCAGGCUCAUGGUGGGUGGAGAAGAACAAAGGGCUGGUGCGUGAUGAAAAUGGGGAAUGGGUUUUGGCUCCCCCGGAUGACGAGGACCGACCUGUCCCCCCCGAGUAUUGAAUGGUUGGUUAUUAAUGGUGAUGUUCAUCUUUUCAUAUGUACGUUUUUAAAGAUUCCUUCUGUUACUUAAACGGAUGCUCAAUCCCUCCUCGAUCUCUUAUUUCUAGAACGGGAAUAAUGGAAUAUGCUUUUGAUCUGCUUAAUUAACAAAUGCCAUUUUCAUA